AUGAGCGAUUUUCGCCUGUACGGAGAGGGUGGGCAUCGGCUUCUCUCUAACCUCAGUGGUGCUCUAGGGAUUAAGGCGGAUCAGCUGCACAAGACAGAAGGAGCCUUCCCUUCCCCCGAAGAAGAGGCCCUUUAUGAGGCGUCACUUCAUGAGGGGGCCCUUCAGGGGGGCCCCUCCUUCGCUCAACUAGAAGACUCGGAAGACGAAGUUGAGUCUGCCGAGAAUGCGAGUUUUAUCGAGAACCACGAAAACGCCGAGGCUGAAGAAGAUGGCGAAACAGAGAUUGAGGACGAAGAACUGGAGCCUGAGGGCAUUGAUGAUGAAUAUUUUGAUGAAACUCCGGCUAGUUUCUUAGAGGAGGGAGAGGAUGCAGAUGAGGAAACCGAAGAAGAUUGGGGCUACGCCGAACUGGAAGACGCAGAAGAAGAGGAAAUACCAGAGAGUGUCUCUGCUGAUCCCUAUGGGGUGGCCUCAGCAGAGGAAAGAGCAGGCCAAACGAAGUCUGCAUUUUCUUUCGCCGAAGGCUCUGCUGAUGAGGCUGAUGCGCCGAUGGAAGAGGAGGACACUGAGCUGCCGGAGGAAAACGACGAGGCACAGGACGAAAGCAGUGCCUCGUUUAUUGAGGAGCCAGAGGCUGAAGAUGAUGCAGAGGAGAUGCCAGUUUCUUUGCUUCAAAUUCAUGCCAACAAGAGGAGCAUCAAACUCCACGAACACACCAAAGAAACCCCGUUUGCUUUUGCCGAGACGUUGUCUCCUCUUCAAGCCACUGACCAGACGGCAGCCGAAGAUGCAAUGCUCAAGGAGUCUAAUGAAGGCAUAAAUAGCGGAGAAGCAGGUAGAAACGCAUACGAAACGGCUGAAGAGGCGCCCCAGGGUAAAGAUGGGAGGGUUGGUCAUGCUUUAGGGCUGAGGGCUUGGAGUCAAGAGAGCAGUGACUCCUUCGCGCCUGCUCGAGGGGAGGAGCCUCUUGGCGUUCCUGGCAAUGAAAAUGCAUCAGAGGAGGGGAACACCGUGGCUCAACCAGGAGAUGAGCAGCAGGAGGACGACUACCAGGGCCCUGCUGACCCACUCAUCAAGUAUGGAGGCAAUGCGACAGACGAUGUCGAGGCAAUAGAGGAAGAAAAUGCCAUCGGAGGCCCAGCAGGUGCCGGUAUAGGGGCAGGGGAGGGCUCACAGCUCAGGACUGAGGAAGCGGGGGAUGAGAAUGAAGAUCUCCCUCUUGCAACAGAAGAUGAUCUCGCGACAGAUCUACAAGGGUCGUUUCCCAAAAUCCAGGCUCCCCAACCACAUGAUGUGCAACGCCGCCAUGUGGACCAAGAUAUCAAGUUGACAGAAAAACACUGCCGCGGCGUAUUGCUGGCAGUGGCAAGGGGUCAAAAAUUGAAGGCAUACACGCCUGCAUCUGUGGAUACGCCAGGGCCUGGCACCUCAGACCUAUUGCAAUGUCUUUUAUUUUGCUGGGCAGCUGAAAACUCUUGGCUGGCUGACGGUCCUGCUGCCUAUACACCGCAAAUCGCAACCCCAUGCUACGCAGGAAAAGGCAGACGUCAGAUGGCCUAUGCAGGCUACUGA